AUGACAAAGCCAUUUCACUGCGCGCUGGUCGUACCAUCUUGCUGCUGGAACCCAAACCUUUCGUAUUGCCGGCUAAAAAGUCUAAAAACACCUUUAUUUCUCACCACUGCGUAAAACAAUUGUGAAAAAUGUCCAGAUUUGGAGACAGAGGUAGAUCUUUUGAUAGGUCUGAUAGACGAAAUGGAGGUGGUGGUAGAGGAGGAGGAGGUGGAUUCGGAGGACCACCUCGCUUUGGCAGCAGGGGCUCAGGAAUGGGUGGAGGUGGUGGCGGUGGUCUCAAAGAGAAGUUUGGACAACCAGGGGAAAAACUCAGAAAACCAAGAUGGGAUUUAACCAAACUAGCACCUUUCAAAAAGAACUUCUACAGAGAACAUCCAGAAGUAACGUCAAGGCCACUUACGGACAUUCAAGGUUUCUGCGCAGAAAAACAAAUCACAGUAAAAGGAAAAGAACCUAUGAGGCCAGUAUUUCACUUUCAUGAAGCAGGAUUUCCUGAUUAUGUUAUGGGUCAGCUGAAUCAGUGUGGUUUCCAACAUCCAACUCCAAUCCAGUCUCAGGGUUGGCCUAUAGCACUCAGUGGACGUGACAUGGUUGGCAUUGCCGCAACGGGGUCUGGGAAGACUCUUUCAUAUCUCUUGCCAGCAAUUGUUCAUAUAAAUCAUCAACCAUUCUUGGAGCGAGGCGACGGUCCUAUUGCCCUUGUUUUAGCACCAACUCGUGAGCUAGCUCAGCAAGUUCAACAAGUAGCCUUCCAGUUUGGACGUGCAUCAAAGAUCAAGAGCACAUGUGUGUAUGGUGGAGCUCCUCGAGGUCAACAGCUUAGAGAUCUUGAACGAGGUGUUGAGAUCUGUGUUGCAACCCCUGGUCGGUUAAUAGACUUCUUGGAGAAUCAGAAGACAAAUCUGAGGCGGUGUACUUACGUUGUGCUAGAUGAGGCUGAUCGCAUGCUGGACAUGGGAUUUGAGCCCCAGAUCAGGAAAAUCAUGGAGCAGAUCAGGCCGGACAGGCAAGUUCUGAUGUGGAGUGCCACGUGGCCUACAGAGGUGAAGAAAUUGGCUGAAGACUUCAUCAGGGAUUACAUCAUGGUCAACAUUGGUUCCCUCACCUUAUCAGCAAACCACAACAUUCUACAGAUCAUUGACGUGUGUGAGGAUACAGAGAAGGACAUCAAGCUCAUCAAACUAUUAGAAGAGAUCAUGCGAGAGAAGGAAAACAAAACCCUGGUCUUUGUGGAAACCAAACGCAGAACUGAUGAAUUAGUACGCAAAAUGAGACGAGAUGGGUGGCCUGCAAUGUGCCUUCACGGAGACAAGUCUCAACCAGAACGUGACUGGGUGCUUUCAGAGUUCCGAGACGGCAAAGCACCGAUCCUUGUAGCAACAGAUGUAGCAUCUCGUGGUCUAGAUGUGGAGGACAUCAAGUUUGUCAUAAACUAUGACUACCCCAAUUCAUCCGAAGACUAUGUUCAUCGCAUUGGGCGUACUGCCCGAAGCAGCCGCACUGGCACAGCCUACACCUUCUUCACCCAAGGCAACGUCAAACAGGCACCAGACCUCAUCUCAGUCCUACAAGAGGCUAAACAGGCCAUCAACCCGAAGCUGGUCUCCCUUGCUGAACAGGCCCACCGCUACGGAGGCAAAAGUCGAGGUCGCUAUAGUCGAGGUGGUGGUAGUCGAUUUGGCGGCAAGGGAGGCUUCUCUGGUGCAAGUUCAAAUGGCUUUGGUGGAGGUAAUAGGUUUGGAGCUGGUGGCGGAGGAGGCAGUAGGUUUGGUGAUAGAGCUGGAUCAGACAAUAGAAAUAGCUACAGCAAUGGCGGAAGUCAGAACGGCUACGGAGGUGGAAGCACUCGAGGUGGCUCCAGAGGUGGUGCACGCGGUGGUUCUCGAGGCGGUCAUGGAGGAUAUGGUGGAGGUAGAAAUUUUUCUAGUGGCGAUGGGCAGGGAGAUGAUAUGGGUCAGGGUCAGAAUCAGAGUAGCUUUGGUGGGUCUCCUCCCAUGAACAAAGGCCUUGGUAUGGGUGGUAAUAGGCCUGGAGGGCCACCAAGGGAUCAGAGUAGUUCUCAGGGUGGUUUUCGGGGAGGGUCUUACUCUGGACAACAGGGUGGGGCACGUAAUGGUCCGCAGGGUGGACAAGGGCUACUUGGUGCCAGUGGGCCAAUUGGAGGCCAGGGUGGUCCAGGGAGGCAGCAUGGUCAGGGUGGACCUAGUCCAAGUGGUCCAUCCCAUGGGGGUCAUGGUGGACAACAGAUGCAUAAUGCCCCACAAGGCAGUAUGGGAAGACAGGGUGGGUUUGGAGCUGCACCUCCUUCGGGAAGGCCAGUGCCUUUAAUGGGUCCUGAUUCCAUGCAACAACCACCUAUUCCUUCAGCUAACAACCCCCUAAAGCAGCAACAGAAAAGUGAGCAGCCUCCCAUUCCCCCUCCAAAUAGCCAGCGUACUCCCCUUAUGCAACAACCACCACAUCAGCAACAGCAGCGUCAGUCCGAUCAGCCACCCAUUCCUCCCCCUAACAGUCAGCGCAUGCAGCAUCAGCAGCCCCCUAUUCCCCAGUCAAAACAGCAACCUUCUAUCCCCCCACCCAACAGCCAGCGAAACAAUCCUGCGCAAAGUGCAGUCCAAGCCACACCCCCAGCAAGUGCUCCCAAACCUGCGGCAGCGAUGGGUCAAUCAGCAGCCACUAUGCCUCAGAUGGACCCUGCACAGGUGGCCCAGAUGGCACAAAUGGCACAAACUGAUCCUGCUGCUUAUGCGCAGUAUGUGCAGUACUACCAGCAGUACAUGCAAUAUUACCAACAAGUGCAGGGCGGAGCUGCAGCUCAACCUGGUCAAUAAAGAACAAUGUUUAAAAAGCUUCUUUUUUUCCUUUUUUUUUAGAAAUCAAGUUGUAGGGUGAAAAUGAUACUUGUCAUAUGGAAUGAAAGUUUCUAACCAUCCCCAACCAUUUUUGCCAAUCAAAUCAUUCCAUAUGACUUAUGAAAAAGUUUUGAGUGGAUGGCACGUUAUUGGCUCUUGUACAUAAAUUGAAUGUUUUGUAAAUAGCAAUAUUAUGAGUCACAGAGUUUUAAUGCUCUAGCAUUGUGUACAUAGGUUUCCAGCUAUAUGGAGAGCAUUGCAUUUACUUUUACCUUUUUUACCUUCAGAGAUUUAUAUUUUCUUCAGGAUCGUUCCCUUUUACGUUUUAGAGUGGGGACAAGUUCAUCUUGUGCGAUAAUGUCUGUGCCCAUUUAAAAAAACAGACAAGAGUCAUGUUGUUUCUUGGAUUUGGAAGGAGACAACUUCUUUUUGGGGAAAAAAAUAAUUUUCCUCCCUUAAUCACUGUUAGUGUUUACCUUUGUAACCUCAAAUUUAUCACUGGGACACUCAUGAUUCAACUGCAUGAAUCACCACAGGGGUCUGUACAGAUACCCAAAGCGCUCCCUCUGAGAGCAAUGCGCUAUAUCUUGUCCUUUCAAGUUGAUUCUUGUUGAGCACUUCCUUGACUCGAAAAGAAGUGUUUUUCAAGAACCUUUACAACUCCACUGAGGGCAUCCACCACAGCACUUGUUUAUAACGUGAGCGCUUGUCCUUAUCUUUCCUAUGUACUCAGGUUCAUGGCGAUCCCAAGGUGGUUAUUGAUAAAAGGUGGUGCGAAAGCUAAAGUCAGGCAUGUCCCUUUCCUGAAGAAGCAUAGACUGAACUGGCCCUGCGUGUCAUUAAUCUCCUGGAAAAUCAUCCAAGAAUUACUCUUCAUUAGGUCAUUGUCUGCUAGGUUUGAUAUUAACAUUUCUCUGACCACAUUGAAUCAUUCCACAAUUGUUCUAUGUAUGAUUGCUUCUAGAUGUAAAUAUGCAGAAGAAAUGGCAAAUUGAUCCAAAUUUUUUAGACGAAAAUGGUGUGGGGAAAAUGCAGGCUGGUUGGAAAUAGACAUGCCUGACUGCUCAGCUUGCAUGACCAAAAUGGCGAAUUUCUAGUGCAUUCUAACGAGCUUUGAUGUUGCAAUCUAGUAAGAAGAAAACAAUACCUCGAUUAACUCUUGUUUAAACCAAAUUUUUGUUGGCGCCUUUUGAACAAGCCUAGUGCAGGUGUGUUGCAUACAUGCACCCAACAUGCACUGCCACUUUUUAACUCUCGGUUGACUAGCUUGCAAUAUGUUCCCCUAUGUCAUGUGUAGUUGCAUCUUAAUAAGUAGGCACUAUUUAUUGAAGCAGUUCAGUUGUCGGGUAUUCGGUCUGCCCCUUUCUAUGUUAGUACGUAAGAAGGUGUGCAUUACCACACUUAAUAAAAAAUGAGCUCCAUAGAAAGGGGCCACCAAAGAUAAAGCAGGUGUGUGAAAUUUUUAAAGUGUUGUAUAUGUUUUCAUCAUCUGUUGGAUCUAAUUGAUCAUACACUUAGUUCAGUUUUAAUUUACUCAAGUUUACUGUUUUUCAUUCGCCCCGAUCGUAUUCCAUCAGUUGUGAAACCCAGAGUUGGCUGGUUUCAGUCUCCCAGGGGCUAGCCAAUUACAUUAUGAGGUCUUUGCAAGGAUCUUCAUCCUUGUUGCCAAUCUAUUAUGAUUCACCAUAUGAGAUUGCUUGUUAUCAUAUUACUUGCAAGUCUAUUUUAUUAAUCCAAGUUAGAUAUCCAUAGGUGCAUCAUAAUAGAUAGCAACACGAAAGAUGGUCCUUGCCAAAAUCAUUUCAUGCCAAUGGUCCCUGGAUGAACCUUGCCUGAUGGGGUCAUUCUUGGUCUACAAAUUAUCUCGACUUUUCAGGAUUGCAUGUUACAAACACGGAGCCAUGAGAGCUCUGUUUACAUGUUAUUAAAGUAUGGUGAAAUAACAGUAAUGCAGAGCAGUAAACAUAUUUUAAUCUUGUUUCCCCCUUUUUAGUGUGAAAGAAUCAUGAGAAUCGUGCCCUUUGUGUUUCAUAAAGGCAAUCAAAUGCGACCAUGUAUCGUACAUUACUCCUCUUUUGGAGUUCUCACUUAAAUUAAUGUAAAUUAUAGAAGAUUGUCAUGAUACAUUAUUUAUUAUGAUGGUUAACAUCUGUAUGCAUAAGAGUCUUGUUCCUGUUUAUUUGUUUCCCUUUAGAUGUUUAACCUCAAGAUGUAUUUUGGUAUUAUUAAUAUUGAGAAAUUAAAGUGCUUUGCACAUAACUGCUGUAAACUAAGAA